AUGGACCCUGGCAACGGGUCCAACUAUUUCACUGGCGGCCAGUCCCAGCGGGCUACUGAUGAUCUACUUGGACGAAGUGAGGGUGGUCCGAUACAGGUUGCCCCGAACCAGAUCCAGACAAAGGCUAUGUUUGACAAUCAGGGCCGUCGUUACCUGGUCUUGGACUAUGUACCCCAGGGCGACUACAUUGCGAAGCAGAUCAACAAUGGCGGUGAAUUUGCUAUCGGUGGCAACCGUGUUUUUGUCCUCCAAAAUCUUGCGGAAGAACUCAAACUUCGUGCAGAGCAAGAUGUCCUCAAUGGAUUGACCAAGCAGACUUGGCAUGUCGUUGCCAUACCCAAUUCAAACAUGUUCGCACCGAGAUUUGCCCACAACGGUGGCUUUACGGCAGGUGGAUCAACUCAGGCAGCCCCAGCUUCUUUGCAGCCGGCCCAGCAUAACCGCAACAACAACAAUCAGCAGUCUGUCUUUACUCAGCAGAACCCAAUCAACAAUCCACAGCCCGCCUUUGCGCAGCAGAUCUCAAAUAUCAACGAGCAAUUUGCUCUGACCCAGCAGAUCCCAAACAACAGCCAGCAGCCUAUGUUUACCCAACAGAACAACAUGGGUGUUUAUGGACAGAGUGGUUCAUUUGGCGCACAAGGUCAGCAGCCACAAUUCAACGCUGGCAUGUCAGUUGCUCCAUACCAGGGUGUUGGAUCGACGAUGUCGUUUCCCCAAGACCAAUUCAACUUCCAGGCUUCUCAGCCCGGCACAUUUCAAGGAUUUGGCCAGAACAAUAGAGCCGCCCUGGGCAACUACCAGGAUCAAAGCAACAACCAGCAGUUCAAUAAUGGGUAUAGAUUCCAGAGUGUUCCCAUUCCCCACAUCAACAGGCCAAUCUUUGACUCAUAUGGUAACAUACUUGGUGAUCUCGACAACAUGUACGGUCUUGGCCAGUCUGUGCCAUCCCAAGGACUUCAGCAACAUGUCAGCCAGUUCCCACAGAUGCAGAAUCCCAACACCGGUGACCCGCAGCUAGCAGCUGCCGCCCAGUCAUUCUUCGCCUUUGCAGAGGAUAAGCUAGCCCAAGAUGAGGGCGUCGCAAUGGGUAGCGCAACCGGCAGCGACGGCAGCGACGACAGUGACGACAUCGACGACAGCGACGACAUUGACGACCAGGAGGAAGACCCUCUCCCGGCAGAGCCCGCCAACCAGCCCGACAGCCAGCUCGCGGAGCUCCUGCGCGCGCACGAGGACGAGCCGCACCGCUUUCAGGACAAGACGGGCAUGAACCUGUGCGACUACUGCAACCGCUACGGCCAUGAGGCUGAUACGUGCAUCAAGUGGGACCCGAUUCACUUCGACAAGCCCGUCUGUAUCGCGUGCAAUAACGACGAGCACAUGCUGGACGAGUGCCCUAAAUUCCACGCCAUGAGAAUGGAGCGCAAGCAGUUCCUUCUGCUCGCCAAGGGCGCGCGCAGGCCCGGCGUCAGGAGUGUGUACAACGCGUGGACUACCUACGUUCACCACGACUACCAGGGCGGAGGAUUCCCGCUGACGAGACAGUUCCUGCGCAGACUUUCGAACAAUGAACAGAACGGUACAAUGAUUCAGAACAUUUGGAAGCUGUGGGACUACCGUCGUGGUCUGCCCGACCAUCUCCGCGAUCCCGCACUCGAGUCUGUGGAGAGCAUCACGCUGGCUGCCUUGGACGAGACUUUUGCAGAUGAUGGUGAUGAGGGAGAUGACCUGCCGUCCUGA